AUGUGGCCGGACUGGAUGAGGAAGAGGAUGUGGAACUGGAGGAGUGCAGUGAACCUGAGGGGCGAGGCAGCACCUGCCUCGCCCCUCAGGAUCAACAACCACUGGAGGAUCAAUAACAACUGGAAGCUCCACAACUGGUGGAUCAACAACCACUGCAGGAUCAACAACCACGGGAGGAUCAAUAAACACUGGGGGUUCCACAACUGGAGGAUCAACAUCAGCAGGAGGAUUAACAACCACCGGAGGAUCAACAACCACUGGAGGACAAACAACCACUGGAGGAUCAACAACCACUGGAGGAACAACAACCACUGGAGUUUCAACAAUAACUGGGGAUUCAACAACCGCUGGUGUAUCUACAACUAUGGGAGGUUCAACAACUCCAGGAUCAACAACCACUGCAGGAUCAACAACCACUGCAGGAUCAACAACCACUGCAGGAUCAACAAGCACUGCAGGAUCAACAACCACUGGAGGAUCAAUAACCACUGGAGGUUCCACAACUGGAGGAUCAACAAUCACAGGAGGACCAACAACCAUUGGAGGAUCAAUAAGCACUGGAGGAUCAUCGACCACUGGAGGAUCAACAACCACUGGAGGCCAAACAACCACCACUGGAGGAUCAAUAACCACUGGACGAUCAUCAACCACUGGAGUACAAACAACUACUGGAGGAUCAACAACCACUGGAGGAUCAACAACCACUGGAGCAUCAACAACCACUGGAGGAUCAACAACCACUGGAGGAUCAAUAACAACUGGAAGUUCCACAACUGGCGGAUCAACAACCACUGCAGGAUCAACAACCACUGGAGGAUCAAUAACCACUGGACGAUCAACCACUGGAGGACAAACAACUAAUGGAGGAUCAACAACCACUGAAGGAUCAACAACCACUGGAGGAUCAAUAAGGACUGGAGGUUCCACAACUGGAGGACCAACAACAACAACUGCAGGAUCAACAACCACUGGAGGAUCAACAACCACUGCAGGAUCAACAACCACUACAGGAUCAACCACCACUGGAGGAUCAAUAACUACUGGGGGUUCCACAACUGGAGGAUCAACAACAGCAGGAGGAUCAACAACCACUGGAGGAUCAAUAACCACUGGACGAUCAACAACCACUGGAGGAUCAACAACCACUGAAGGAUCAACAACCACUGGAGGAUCAAUAACAACUGGAAGUUCCACAACUGGUGGAUCAACAACCAAUGCAGGAUCAACAACCCCUGGAGGAUCAACAACCACGGGAGGACCAACAACAACUGGAGAUUCAACAACCGCUGUUGUAUCUACAACUAGGGAAGGUUCAACAACUGCAGGAUCAACAACCACUGGAGGUUCCACAACUGGAGGAUCAACAACCACAGGGGGACCAACAACCACUGGAGGAUCAAUAACAACUGGAAGUUCCACAACUGGAGGAUCAACAACCACUGCAAGAUCAACAACCACUGUAGGAUCAACAACCACUGGAGGAUCAAUAAACACUGGGGGUUCCACAACUGCUGUUGUAUCUAGAACUACGGGAGGUUCAACAACUGCAGGAUCAACAACCACUGCAGGAUCAACAACCACUGGAGGAUCAAUAACCACUGGACUAUCAUCAACCACUGGAGGACAAACCACUACUGGAGGAUCAACAACCACAGGGGGACCAACAACCACUGGAGGAUCAAUAACAACUGGAAGUUCCACAACUGGAGGAUCAACAACCACUGCAAGAUCUACAACCACUGUAGGAUCAACAACCACUGGAGGAUCAAUAACCACUGGAGGAUCAACAACAACUGGAGGAUCAACAACCACUGGAUCAUCAACAACCACUGGAGGAUCAACAACCACUUCAGUACCAACAACCACUAGAGGAUCAACAACCACUGGAGGAUCAACAACCACUGGAGGAUCAACAACCACUGCAGGUUCAACCACAACUGGAGGUCCAACAACCACUGGAGGAUCAACAACCACUGGAGGAUCAACAACAACUGGAGGAUCAACAACCACUGCAGGUUCAACCACAACUGGAGGUCCAACAACCACUGGAGGAUCAGCAACAACUGGAGGAUCAACAGGAAGUUCAACAACAGGAGAAUCAACAACAACAGGAGGAUCAACAACCACUGGAGGAUCAACAACAACUGGAGGAUCAACAACCACUGCAGGAUCAACAACCACUGGAGGAUCAUCAACCACUGAGGGUUUAACAGCUGGAGGUUCAACCACAACUGGAGGUUCAACCACAACUGGAGGUCCAACAACCACUGGAGGAUCAACAACCACUGGAGGAUCAACAACAACUGGAGGAUCAAUAACCACUGGAGGAUCAAUAACCACUGGAGGAUCAACAACAACUGGAGUAUCAACAACCACUGGAGCAUCAACAACAACAGAAGUAUCAAUAACAACUGGAGGUUCAUCAACCACUGAAGCCCCAAUAAUUACCCGUCCAGUUUUUGUUUUCACCGCAGUGAUAAUACAGAUAUUUAUUCCUGCUUAUAAUAAUAAUACUUCACCCGAAUAUCAAGCACUUGAGACCACAGUUGUGAUAACGUUUAACGCAAUCUACAGAGCUCAAUUUGGCGACCGGUUCAUUCGGACAAUUGUCAUCGGAUUCAGGAUCCCUGCGACUCGAUCGACCAAUACUGAAGCAGAAGUAGAGCUUGAGUUUCAGCCAACUUCUUCACAACCGAUCCCACAGGCUGACGAUGUUCGAAGUACCCUGGUCGAAGGACUGAACAACCCAAACAUAACCUCUAACCUCACUGUAGAUACGACAACCAUUACGAUCACAGAAACUCCAACUACUACAACAACUACCAGUUCUCCAACGACUACUGCUGGAUUAUCAACAACCACUGGAGGUUCAACCACCACAGGAGGAUCAACAACCACUGGAGGAUCCACAAUGACUGCAGGACCAACAACCACUGGAGAAUCAACAACCACUGAAGGAACAACAUCUACUGAAGUAUCAACAACAGCUGGAGGAUCA